AUGCCCACUAUCUCGGUCGACAAGGCCGCUCUCUUCAAGGAGCUGGGUCGGGAGGAUGUAGUGGAUCUGACAAGUAUUGCGCGCAACUACAGAUAUACUACUGAGGAAUUCGACGAGCUCUGCUUCGAAUUUGACCAGGACCGUCCCAUCGUUGACGGCGUGCAAGAGCCCCCGCAGCUCAAGAUCGAGAUCCCCGCCAACCGAUAUGACUUGCUGUGUAUCGAGGGUAUCCAGCUGAUGCUCAACAUUUUCCUCGGCCGGAAACCAUUGCCCGAGUAUACAUUGUCUCAGCCAGCUCAGCUGCAAGAGAUUAUUGUCAAGGAAGACACCACAAAGAUCCGUCCCUACGUGUCCGGUGCUAUCCUGCGCGGAGUCAAGUUCGACCAGGCUCGCUAUGAAUCCUUCAUUGCCCUUCAAGACAAGCUUCACCAGAACCUGGCCCGUCAAAGAACCCUCGUUUCCAUCGGGACCCUUCACCUACGAUGCCCUUCCCCCAAGGACAUCAAGUUUGUUCCGCUGAACCAGACUCAGGAGCUGGACGGUGAACAAUUGAUGACUUACUACGAGAAGCACCAGCAAUUGGGCAAGUACCUGCACAUUAUCCGCGACUCCUCCGUGUACCCGGUCAUCUACGACUCCAACAAGACUAUCUGCUCUCUGCCUCCGAUUAUCAACGGCGAUCACUCCAAGAUCUCCAUGAACACCACCAACAUCUUCAUUGAGAUUACUGCCCUUGACCGGACAAAGCUUGAGAUAGUGAACCGCAUGAUGGUCACAAUGUUCUCCCAAUAUACUUCGGAACCCUUCACUAUCGAGCCCGUCAAGAUCGUCUCGGAGCACAACGGGGAGACUCGCAUCACUCCUGACAUCGCCCCUCGUGUUUCACAAGCGGAAGUGUCUUACAUCAACCAAUGCUGCGGCUUGAACCUCACCCCCGCUGAGAUCAGCAACCUGCUGAAGAAGAUGUCUUUCCGCGCCAAGCCUUCAACCACUAACCCCGACCUCAUUGAUGUCGAGAUCCCUCCUACUCGUGCCGAUGUCCUCCACCAGUGCGACAUCAUGGAGGAUGUUGCCAUUGCCUAUGGUUUCAACAAGCUCCCGCGUUCUUUUCCCAGCAAGUCCGGAACCAUCGCCCAGCCUCUCGCCAUCAACAAGCUGUCCGAUAUCAUCCGCAUUGAGGCCGCCAUGGCUGGCUGGUCCGAGGUUCUGCCGCUGAUUCUAUGCUCUCACGACGAGAACUUCGGCUGGUUAAACCGCAAGGAUGACGGUAACACCGCCGUCAAGCUCGCCAACCCCAAGACCACCGAGUUUCAGGUCGUCCGCACAAGCCUUCUGCCCGGUCUGCUGAAGACCAUCCGUGAGAACAAGAAGCACAGUAUGCCCAUGAAGAUUUUCGAGGUCAGCGAUGUCGCUUUCAAGGAUCUGUCUCUGGAACGUAAGAGUCGCAACGAGCGACACUUUGCUGCCGCCUGGUACGGCCGCAACAGUGGUUUCGAGGUUGUUCACGGUCUGAUGGAUCGCGUUAUGGCCAUGCUUAAGAGCGCUUUCAUUACUGGCGAGGAGUGCCUCAACAACCCCGCCAUGAAUGAUUCGCAGUACUUCAUUAAGGAGCUGGAUGACCCAACUUACCUGCCUGGCCACGCUGCUUCCAUUCACGUUCGCAUGGGCGACAAGGAGCACGUUGUUGGUGCCUUCGGUAUCCUGCACCCCACCGUGCUGGAGAAGUACGAGCUGAAGAACCCCGUCAGCACUCUCGAGAUCAACAUCGAGCCCUUCCUGUAA